CGAAUGUCGAUCCACUGACAUCUACUCACUGUGCAUGACAUUUGAGUGAGGUUGCUGUUCUGUCACUCGAAUUUACGAACCAGCUGCAACUGGUCGCCAUCCUCGGACAAGCUUGUCUGUCUCAAGUCGCAGCCUCCCUCAAUCGACAUAGUAGAAGCAGUUAUGUCCCACUUGCUCUACUGAGACCAACGUCUAUCUAAGCAGGCAGAACUUGAGUGCCUACACCCCACAGACACCUGUAAUGGAUUAUUCAACGGUUUCCAGCGACACCGACGCGCUGCACGGCCAAUCACCAUGGGGUUCAUCCUCUCCACGAGCCGACAGAUCCUUUGCCAGUCCCGCCGAUUCUCCCGCCCCCAUUCGAGGACACUCGUAUUCCCAGUCCGGAGACAGUAGUCCGGAAACCUCUUUUCCGGCCAAUGCUAGCGAAAUUAGCGACUCGACGACUCUAGUCGGUCCGGCUGUCACCCAGCCAAAUCCUUACCAACAAGCCCCCCCUCAGCAGGCACCAGUACCUGCGCAAGAAGCCCAAACUUCGACCCAGGGGCAACAGUAUUCAGGUGGACAACAGCCACGCCCUCAAGCUGCUAGAUAUCACAGUACCAAGCCACAAAGACCUGUGCCCCAAUACAAAUUACAAGCCAAGGUGACGGCCCUGGAAAGACAGGGCCGGAAGGACCCAAUCAUACGAUUUGAUGUCCAUACGAAUCUUCCCAAGUUUCGAACCACGCAGUUUCGCGACGUCCGACGGACACAUGCUGAAUUCCUUAAAUUGGCCGACCAUCUUAUCUCCUCGAACCCGGAAGCAUUAGUGCCAUCUGUGCCCCCUGCGUUGACAUCCGCGGGCGCAGGGACAGACGAGGAUGAAGUCCGGGUCAAGAAUUCGAUACAACGAUGGUUGAAUGUGGUUUGCAGUAAUGAUGUGCUUAUGCGCGAUGAGGAGAUGAUCUUCUUCGUUGAAAGCGAUUUCGGGUAUUCACCUGUGGUGAGAAUGAAACAACCAGCAACUGGAGUACGGAGGAAGGUCUUGAAACAGUUUGCACCUCCCCCGGAUGAUACCCCCGAACUUCACGAGGCACGCCCUGUUGUGAAGCUCUUCUACCUUGGUGCCCUCGAUACAGGACAGAAACUAGAACGAGUAGUCAAGGCACGACGAGCUCUUGGCCUUGCAGAGUCUUCUCUCGGAGAGAAGCUCGGCCAAAUGCACGUCCAGGAAACCCACCCUGGCCUCUCCACCGCCUAUCGCAAAUUAGGCCGUAUCAUUCAAACCACCGGAGACUACCAUGCCGCCCAAGGAACCGCCGAAGCCACUGCUCUAGGCGACUCUCUCUCCUAUCAUUCUUCAGACGCCUUCAUCGUCAAAGAAACCCUUACCAACCGACACAUCCUUCUUCGUGAACUUCUCCAAGCCGAGGCCAGUCGAAAAUCCAAGGAAUCUGCGGUCCACCGUCUCAAGUCCAGCUCAAGCGUCAAACGUGAGAAAGUCGAUGAGGCCAUUUCCGCACUAGAUGAAGCCUCAAGCCAAGAAAACUACCUGCGCUCCAAGACUCAACGCGUGACCGCGAAUCUCCUCCUCGAGAAACGACGCUGGUUCGAUCGUACCAGCAAUGAAUUUACCAUGUCACUCCGGGACUAUGUCCUACGACAAAUCGAAUUCGAACGGCGAACUCUCGCCACUCUCGAGUCGGUCAGACCGGACAUUCGAGCCAUUGACGCCAGUGGGGGACUUUCCCGACUUGGAAGGGAGAGUCACCCUGCGGUACGCCGUGUCAGCCUCGCCAGCAGUCAAGGUGCCAAGGGCGACGCCUGGUCUGGCGUGGCACGAUCGCGCGAAGCCUUGACGCGGUCUAUGAGUGGUAGCUUUGGGCCGGGCAUUAUCGCCGAGGGAAAUGAAGAUGGUGUUAAUGCUGGCAACGGCGAAGGCGCGGGUGCCGGUCAAGGUGCAGCUGGUGCAGGACGCCCAAGAAGUGGAACUGGCGCUAGUCUGAGCAGCGUCAAAGAGAAUGAAGAUGAUGAUCGCGUCGAUGCUAGAAACGCCGCAAGUCGAUUGGCUCAAAGCACAUUCUGAAAGGAAAGAGAUCCAUGAUUGGAAAUUAGAGAUUUGGUUGUCUGAAGAUCGAGGAGGACGAAGGGUUGGAGCUGUUGAGGCGAGUGUUCCAAGCCAUAUUAUCUUAAUCGCCAAUAUCUCACCUCCAACGGCCACAACACAAGUACCUGACUUUGUUUGGUACAACCACUGCAUCUAUAACACAGGAAUGGUGAUUUGAAGGAAGUCGCUUUAAUUGAUUCUGAUCAGGCGAGUGGGUGGGUGAAUUGUUGACGAUGCGAAGCAUUCAUAGAAAGACCGAGAGAGAUUCUGGAAUCACAAUUGCACAUUGAAACAAAACAAAGCAAAGCACAGAAAAGCAAAUCAU